GCGGGCAAGAGCAAACCCGCUUGGCUGAGGAGCAAGUGGCUAAGAUCCAGGCUCGCCUUGAGGAGCAGCAGGACCCUGAAACCUUCCUUAAGGUCGGUGCAUCUCUGAAUGAAUCUAUGGGGCCUUCCAGUCCAGCUCUGGGCUGCAUGCAGGAUUGUCCCCAAAUUUCUCCCAAGGCACUCCACAUCCUGCAUACAUUAUAUAAAUGAAAUAAGUUUGUAUCUGUUUGCUUAUCAUUACCCAUCAUAGGGGAACCUGUGGCCCACAGGCCAAACUUGGCCUGUGAGGCCAUUUUGGGGAAACCACACCCACCCGCUCUACACCCAAUAGUGUAGUGGCAAAUGCAGAAGUGCAGGGUCCCUCCAUGAUAAUCACAGCCACCCCCCCCCUUUUUUCCUGCUGGCUUGAGAGUCAGAUCCUUGUUUACGCCUUCUCCCACAACAACAGACGUCCCUAGGAGCCAAUCAGCAUGAAAGGGGAGAAUGUUAACUACUGAGAAGCGUCUUCUUUGAUGGGCUUCAAUUAGCAAGAAAGGACAAUGAAGCAGGUUAGAAGACUCUUCUCAGUGGCUCACACACUCCCCUUUCUUGCUGAUUGGCUCCUAGGAUGCUGGAGACACCUGAUGGGACCCUGCUCCCCAAAAUGUAAGGGGUCUAAGACCCCCUGGGCCCUGGAUGACUACAACCCUGUCGACACCUGAAGUUACACAUGAAGUCAGGUGUGGGGUGGGUAAGGGCGGUGCUUCAAAGGAACAAUUGGGAGCUUAAAGUGAUGAGUGUGCUUUGCUCAAGGAAGGGGAAGCUGUUUCCAUUCAGUGGAAAUGGCUUCUCUCUCCCGGGGCUGCUCUCUGAAGCCGCCCUGCGCUGUGACUUUCAACCUAGGAGCAGUGAAAGGAGGCUUGGAAAGCAUAGGGCUGGCAACACCCCUUGCCCCGUGGCUCCCAAGCUUGGGAACCCCACACGAGGGAUUUUGACAGGUGGGUGGGACAACCCACCUGUCAAUCAUCUGACAUGACAGGUGGGUUGCUCUACUCACCUGCCAAAGUUGGUUUGCGGGAUGGGGUCUGACAGAGAAUUGGUCCCCAGAACCAAAGAAGUUCCCCACUCUUGACUAAAGGGAAAGCCUAUCAGUAUGACCAACUGUAGGGGACCUGAAAUGGGUAUUGACUCCAUAAAGGAUUCAAAUGAAGAUGUGGAGAAGUGAUGCAAAGUUUGGAAGAACUGCAACUAAUUUUAGAGAGGAAGGGAUUAAAUGUCAGAAUGACCUGUAACAAUCCGAGCACUGGGUUGCUGAAAGUAACAGAAGCAAUUUAAAAAGUAUUAAAUAUGAGGAAGAGAGCCAAGUGUGGUGUAGCGGUUAAGGUAUUGGACUUUGACCUGGGAGACCAGGGUUCAAAUCCCCACACAGCCAUGAAGCUCAAUGGGCCUGUCGCUGCCUCUCAGUCUCAGAGGGAGGCAAUGGUAAACCCCCUCUGAAUACCGCUUACCAUGAAAACCCUAUUCACAGGGUCUCCAUAAGUCGAGAUCGACUUGAAGGCAGUCCAAAUAUGGGGAAAUGAAACGCAGUGGUAUUAAAACAAAAUGCAAGGAAGCUCACAAGAGAAUUCCCUUGCUCAGGAAGUCCUAGGCUACAGGAGGUCACCAUCUAACCAUGAUUACCUCAGCUUAUAUGAUCUAGCUGCAAAAAAACCCCCAAAACAAAAUACCAGUUAUCGUUUGGAGUGGGUCAGUUGGCGCCACCUGUGACAGGCAAUUGCAUUGCUUGCUUCCAUUAAACUGUGGCUGGUGAGGGGAGGGGCUCAGGAGGGUGUGUAGCCUGGGGAGAGUUCCAAGGGCCCAGCAGAGAGACGUGGAGAGCUAUAUUUGGCCCUGGGGCCUAAGGUUCCCCACCCUGCAAUAGACUUUGGCUGGGAUAUUACAACCAGUUUUACAAAAGCUUGGGACCCAAGAAGUUAAAGGAGUGCCUCUCCCAAUAUGGGCUGACCCAUUUUUUGUGACUGACAGGGGAGGCCCUGCUCAUGGUCUCGACAGGUGGGGGUGGUGAUGGGAGGCAGGGCCUUCACUGUGGUGUUGCCCCACUUAUGUAACUCUCUGCUCUAGGGAAAUGUGACUGUCUGUCCCCCCUCACAGUCAACUUUUAAGUGACACUUGAAGAUAGAUUUAUUUAUUCAUUUUCAAGCCUUUGGUAUAUAGAUGGAGCAAGAAGUCCAUCAGCUCAAGUACUGCUGCAUUUACUGUGUCUGCUACUUCACGCUUUUUGAGUUUUGAUAUAGGUUUUAAUCACUGUUUUAACAAUGGUUUUACUAUGAUUGUUUUUUGUGAUUGCUGUGUGUCACUUUGGGCUCUUACGGGAGGAAGAGAUGGAUAGAAAACCGAUAAUGAAGGUAACUAAUUUUGGUUGCACAGUUUUACGGAGCUUCCAUGGAAGCCAGGACAGGAAAGUAUUCUGAACUGCCAGUCUUUCUCCUUAAAUUUCUGUUUCCCCCCCCCUUUUGCAGGGCAUCAAGGCCUUCACAGAGAACUCCCUGCCGUAUCACCUUGGACCCUGCCACUAACCACCCCAACCUUGUGCUCUCCAAGGACCUUGACAGUGUCCGUCUAGAAGACUGCCCUGAGGAGGAGGUCCCUGAUGGGCCGGAGAGAUUCAGCAAGUCUGUGUGUGUACUGGGUGCCCAGGGCUUUACCUCGGGACGCCAUUACUGGGAAGUGGAGGUGGGUGAUAAAACCAGCUGGGACAUUGGCGUGGCCCAGGAGUCGGUCAACAGGAAGGAGGCCAAAGUGACCGUCAAGCCCAGCAAUGGAUUCUGGGCCAUCUGGCUGCGGAAUGGCAGUGAAUACAAGGCCCUUGACUCUCCCUCCCAGCAGCUGCUCCCCAAGAGCAAGCCACAGAAAGUAGGGGUCUACCUGGAUUAUGAAGGGGGACAGGUCUCCUAUGACGCUGACACCAUGGCCCACAUCUUCACCUUUUCAGAUGUCUUCUCUGAGUGCCUCUACCCCAUGUUUAGCCCUGGAGUCAACAAAGAUGGACUCAAUGGUGAACCCCUCCGCCUCAUACCCCCACGGGCAUAGCAAGGGCUGUACCUCAAAGUCCCACCAAGCCCUGCCUUGACUCUUUUCCCCUUGUAAACAGUCUAAGACUCCUACUUUGUGCUGAGUUGUUGAAGCAGAGUGGAUCUGGAUCUCCUGAUGCCUGGAUGGGAAACCAUUGGAGCCCCAUGCUAGGCUGCUCUGAGCUUUCCAACGAAAGAGUGGGGAUAAAUGUAUAAUAAGAGCUUGUGUGUAGUGUAGUGGCUAAGGUGUUGGACUAUGACCCAGGAGACCAGGGUUCGAAUCCCCACACCGCCAUGAAGCUCACUGGGUGAUGUUGGGCCAGUCACUGCCUCUCAGCCUCAGAGGAAGGCAAUGGUAAAACCACCUCUGAAUACUGCUUACCAUGAAAACCCUAUUCAUAUGGUCGCCAUAAGUUGACUUGAAGGCAGUCCAUUUCCAUUUUCACAAAUACUUGCAGAAACAACCUGCAGCAUUCCUGAAUUUUUUUGUACUCUGGGCAGUGGGUGGCUGGUGUCCAUUGGGACUGGUAAUGUGCAAGGCAGGGAGGCCAACAGUAGGUGGAGCCAAAGGCAAUGAUUGGCAGAGCCGGAGCCAAUGACAGGCAGAGGCAACUAAUUCUAGUUCUGUUUCCGCCUUCCUGCUGAGUUCUAUGAGGGCAGCACUGAGACUAAGGAGGAGGAAGUGGACAGGCAGUACCACUUCCUGUGCUAGUUAUGAGCAAGAAGGCAGGCAGGCGGGAGGUUGGACAGUGCCCCAUUUGCCCUAAUGGACGAGUCUCUGCUGACUCUGGGGUAUGUAUUUGGAUUCCUGCAUUGAGCAGGGGGUUGGACUUGAUGGCCUUAUAGGCCCCUUCCAACUCUACCAUUCUAUGAUUCCAUGUUAUGUACUGAUUUCCCCCUGAGAUCAGGGCUGCCGGCAGUGGCUGCUAUUUCCCUACAAUGGCCAGUACCUUUUGCUGCAACCUCCCUCUAAAUCACCCUUCCUCGACCUGGUACCCUCCAGAUGUUUGGUACUACAGUUUCCAUUGUCCCAAGCCGAUAUAGCUGUGGUGGCUGGAGCUGAUGGGAGUUGUAGUCCAAAACAUCUGGAUGGCACCCAGUUGGAGAAGGCUACUUUCAAUACAGAUCGUUAUAUACUUAUGCUGUUGCACUAAAUUUGACUCAGAGUAUUGAUUUAUAAUAUGUGAUGAGCACUUCUUAUAGAUUUUUAUUAAAAUAAGUGACCAGGUUUUUAAAGAUUGUGUUUAGAAGAACAUACGUGUUGAUUUGUAAGAUACAGGGCAGUAUCUAGUGCCAUUCAUGCUCUAAGUAGAUCCAUUGGAAUGAAUACACUUAAGUAAAUUAAGUCUAUUGAUUUCAGUGGGUCUGACAUGAAUAUGACUGAUGUUGGAUCUCUCUCUGACACACACACACUGCAUCUCUUUUUUUAAAUUUUAUUUAUUUGCAGAAUCUAAUAUACCGAGAAAUACAAAAAGAAACAAAUAGGCAAGUUUUAAAACCGACGGUACAUUUCCAUUACAUAACUGGAAAAAAAAUUACAGGUAUCUUAAAGUUCCCAAUAGUAUAUAUGGGUCUAUGUUAUCUUGUACCUUAC